GUCCAGCGUAGCUCAUUACGUUCGGAGAUAGUGAAAGCCCCGCGCGCGGCUCGGACCCGAGAGCUGAACGCAAUGGCAAUCAUUCUACUAGAGCUGGCUGCAUCCCACCACGCAACUACACCAACAGUCUGAACCACUCCACCAGAAGCAAUGGCGUGCCCAGACUGCUUUCGCGGCGGCGUCGUCACCGGUGACCCGAAAGGCACGAUUGAAACCCUCUACGGCGUCACUACCUAUGUCGCCAAACCCCAGGGUACUUCCUCGUCUCCCUCAACGAUCGUGUAUUUCACCGAUGCGUUCGGCCUCGACCUCGUCAACAACAAGGUCCUAGCCGAUGCUUAUGCCUCCGCAACUGGUAUCCGCGUCCUGGUUCCUGACAUCAUUCCGGGAGGCCCGAUGCCAGCCUGGGUCCUGGACACCAUGGAAAAUGCAAUGGGUUCUGUCGGCCUAUUUGACAUUUCCGGUCAAAUCAACAGGAUCCUGAUGUUUGCCAGCUUGUUGCGACAGUUUGUACCCUUCAUGUACCGUGCCAGACCCACUAUCCCUGCGACGUUCAACAUUUGCCUGGACUACGCGCGCAAAGUCAAAGCGGACCUCCCCGCAGGGGGAAAAUUGGGACUUGCAGGUUUCUGCUGGGGCGGGUACCUCAGCGUCAAUUUGUGCGCGCAGGCCGAUAAGGAAGGUGGAGGUCAACGCCUUGUCGAUGCAUCGUUUGCUGCACAUCCAUCAUUUCUCAGCGCGCCGGGUCAAAUCGUGGAUGCUGUGUUGAAGUUCAAGUCGCCGCUUGCUAUCGCGCACGCGGAGAAGGACUUCAAUCUGAAAACGCCUGCGGUAGAGGAAGCAGAGGCUGCGUUGAGGCAGAAGGCGGGCAACGGAGAUGGAGAGAAUGGCUACAGCUAUCAGCUCACAACGUACAAGGGUGUAGAUCAUGGUUUUGCGGUUAGGGCGAAGUCUGGAGAUCAGACGGCGGCAGCGGCGGCGGAUGGUGCAAAGGAGCAGGCGAUUGAGUGGUUCAAGAAGUUCCUUUGAGCUCGACUGUCGACUGUCCGGCUAACAGUUGUAACUUAUCCGCUAAGAGUGGGAAAUCAAUGAAAGCUGUAACUCCCAUUAUCUUAUGCAAACCCAAUUUGGCUGCACUUGAGGUGCUCCAGUGGUGC